ACAAAUCAUUGGGCAAAUGUCAUUUUACGAUAUCUUAAUCAGAAAAUGUUAAAAUGACUGAAGAAAAGAUUGUGAUACCAGCGUCUGUUAGACGUCGAAAUGAUUCACUCUUUUCGUCUGAUUCUGAGGAUGCAGAAAAGACUGUAAGGAUCAUAAUACCAGAUGAUGAAGAGAAAGAAAAACAGGUGGAAUACUCACCGGAAGAAAUUGAUAAACUAGUGUCGUUUAUUAUGAAAAUGACAACGUUAUACGAUUUGCGUGAUGAUGAUUGGACAGAAGCAAAUAAAGAAGUGAUUAAAAACUUCUUUUAUUACGUAUCUAACAUGACACUGACCGUCUGCUUCGACGAACAUAAUCUGCUUUGCUCUUUGAAUUACCCGGAGUGUAUCUUCGACGAUUUAAUGUUCUUUUAUAGAGAUCCUGGAGAAAUAUUUCAGGUUGACACAUUUCACGAUAAGAUUCACUUUGGCACCGUAGAUUAUAAAGUGGAAGGUUCUAUCCUUAGGCAUAUUGAGCUAUUUUAUUUACCAAUAUUUCUGAAACAAGAAUCAUGGCCGGACAGUAUCCUUUUUAGACAAAGUGUCUCUACAAUACAUUCACAUCUGAGUUCAGAACCAUGGAAGUUAAACAGAGGACAUAUAUUUAAUCAAGUGGAUACAUUUAUUCAGCGGUGUAAAGAUAUGAUCGAAGUUUGUUUAGCAAUGAAAGAUAUAGGCAGGUACCACGAAAUUAAGGUGAUCGAAGAAAGAAUGUUUGGUGGAUCUAAAGGAGAUGAAUUUGCCGGAUGGUGUACUAGAAUUGAACUAAUGUUUCAGGAGGCUUUCACUGAUUUAGUUGAGGUGGAAAAUAAAAUAACUGAUGUAAACGACACAUCCUGGUACGAUGAUAUAACUAAAUUUCGUACACGACUGAAGUCAAUUGAUGUAGUUAUUGAAAAUUUGGUAAAAGCAGUAUCCGCCGAAGUCACUCACGUAGAGGAAGGACUUGAAUAUCUAGCUUCGCUGUACUACUAUUCGAAAAGGCCUCUUUUAACACAUGUAUUUAAUGCAUACAUUGAAAUGGCUUUUGACGAUGCCUAUUGGUUACCACACUGCAAAUAUAGAGAAGAAACAUUUAAUCUUUACGAUAAAUGUUUAAAUUUGAUUGAUGAAGCAACAUUAAACCUGUAUAGAAAGUGGGUUGACACCAUUGGAGAAGAUGUCAUGGAACGUCUCAAUCGCCCUCUGUUAUGCAAAAGUGUAACUCGUCCAGGUUUAUUAGAAUGCAAUAUAGAUAGGUCUAUACUGCCAAUGAUACGAGAAUGCAAAAUAUUUGAAAGCCUAAAGUUUGAAAUACCAGCGAACGCGAAAUUUAUAAUUGAUAAAGCUGACUCGUUACGAAAUACGUAUGAAUGUGUACUACAAGUAGUUCUGGAUUACAAUGCUAUUUUAUCAGCACUUGCAGACGAAGAGAGGAUACUCUUUAAACAAUUAAUAGGAACUGUAGAGAAAAGAAUUCAGCCUGGUUUGAUGGGCUUAACAUGGUCUGUUGACGAAAUUGAAGAUUACGUUGCUGAAUGUGGUGCUUACACUGCUGAGCUACAAGACUUUGUGGAUGAUUACAAGACAUGCAACAUGCAAAUAGUGAUUAUCUGUGAGAGGGUUUGUGCUUUGACCAUAAUUUCAUUGACUCACGAUUCUGCAUUUACCAUUUACGAGUUAGUAGAAGAAAUGGAUCGACUAACAAGGGAUGCGUUGACUACGUUAAUAGAAUUUUAUCAAGAAAUAAUUCGGUAUCUAAUAGUGGUUUAUGAAGGUUUUGAAAACAUUAUAACAUUGAUGGCAAGUCAUUGGAUUAAAUAUAUAAUGAAUUUCGACUUCCUCUUGGAAGAGGCUGUAAGAAUAUGCGUAAGAAAUUCCAUGCAGUAUAUGUAUCAACAACUGCACGGUGAUGGAACCGUUGGUCCAAACCCCCUUUUAAAAUUAGAAGCAAACCUAAGACAUAAUAGGAUAAAUUUUGAACCUUCUCUUGCCCAAGUUGAUUAUGUAGUGUCCGAUAUACUACCUGGCUUCACUCGUGCAUUGAAAGGAUUACCCAGGAUAGUAGAUAAGUUUAAUGUUUCUGAUACGCCCGUUCGGCCAUUUGCAGAUGUAAUUGCAAACGAUGGAGAGUGUAAGAGACUUCAAGAACUCAUGAAUAACGAGGUACAAGUAAACGUCCAACAAAUGCAAAAUUAUCUCUCAAUUUGGGAACCGUUUAGAGAUAUGUGGGAAGUUGACAAGGAUCGAUUUAUCGAACGGUAUGAAAAAGAAAAUCCAAACGCUGCCCAAUUCGAUGCAAAUAUUGGAAGAUAUACUGAAGUGGCGAACAACGUACAAAUUCAAGAGACUAUUUCAAACGUUCAUUUUAUUGUCGUCAAUUCUACUGAACUUAAAAAGUCGAUUGUGGAGCAUUGCUUCCUGUGGCAAGAAAAAUUGUGCAAGUUGUUACAUGAUAUGACAGUUGAGAAAAUUGAUGCAAUCUACGAUUACGUUGAAUUAUAUAGUGAACUGGUUAUGAAAAGGCCAGAAACAUUGGAUGAUUUAGGAGUAGCAGAAGUUCUUCAAGCUCGGUUAAGAAUGGAAGUGCCAUUGCAAGAAGCUCAAUUUCCACUUAUAUUUGAUCAGCUGAUUACCCUUGAUAAAUACAAAGUUGAAGUAUCCGAUGUUGUUCGAAACAGGGCAAAAGGGAUUAGUGUAUUGUGGAGCUCUUACUUAGAAAUUCUCGACGAUGCAGAAAAAAUGUUAGGAUAUGCUAAGGAAGAUUUUAAAACAGAAUUGUUAAAAGAAGCAGAGGAUUUGCAAAAAGAUCGCGUUCAACUUCUUGAAGUUUUCUUGGAAACUGGGCCGUUUUCGUCAUCAAUUAAUCCUAAAGAUGCAUUAAAAUAUUUGUCUGGAAUCAGAGCACAACUCAAACUUAUAAGGGAAAGAGAAGAUCGCUUGCGAAGAGACUUGGGUAUUUUCGACAUUAGCUUGCCAGAAUCAAUAGAAUUGAAAAGACUUGAGCAGGAAGAUUUUAAAACAGAAUUGUUAAAAGAAGCAGAGGAUUUGCAAAAAGAUCGCGUUCAACUUCUUGAAGUUUUCUUGGAAACUGGGCCGUUUUCGUCAUCAAUUAAUCCUAAAGAUGCAUUAAAAUAUUUGUCUGGAAUCAGAGCACAACUCAAACUUAUAAGGGAAAGAGAAGAUCGCUUGCGAAGAGACUUGGGUAUUUUCGACAUUAGCUUGCCAGAAUCAAUAGAAUUGAAAAGACUUGAGCAGGAAUUGGCAACCUUGGAGUAUGUUUGGGAUCUGGCGGAUGAAUGGGAAACUGCUUGGGAAUCCUACAAAUCAGGUGGAUUUUGGACAAUUCAAACUACAGAAAUGGAAGAUAAAGCUCAGACUCUUUUCAGAAAACUUAACAGACUAUCCCGAGAACUAAAAGAUAAAGGGUGGGAUAUAGUUUUCGUAACGAGAGACAAAGUCGAUGCAUUUAGAAGAGUCCUGCCGCUUAUAGGCGACCUUAAAAACCCUGCUAUGCGAUCCAGACAUUGGGAUCGAGUUCGAAAAACUGUUGGAAAGGAUUUUGACGAAAAUUCAAGCGAUUUUAAUUUGGAAGCAAUUAUUGCAAUGGAGUUUCAGAACUAUGCUGAAGAUAUAAAUGAAAUAUCCAAUGCGGCAACAAUGGAAUUACAAAUUGAAAGAGGACUGGAAGCGAUAGCCCUCAUUUGGAAAACGAUGACAAUUGAAAUGGUACCUCAUGAACGAAAGGGCCUUUACAGGAUAAAAUCCGUUGACGAAUGUUUUCAAAUUCUUGAAGAAAAUAUGACCCAACUUUCAACAAUGAAAAGUACAAGAUUUGUAGAACCCUUUGCAAGAGAAGUAGAUUACUGGGAAAGAGCACUUUCGUACAUCAUGGAAGUAUGUGAAUGUGCAUUAUUAGUGCAAAGGCAAUGGCUAUAUUUAGAGAAUAUUUUCUCGGGGGAAGAUAUUCGUAAGCAGCUGCCACUUGAAGCUGACAGAUUUGACAUGAUCACAAGCGAAUGGACAGAUACCACAAUAGUUUUAGCAGAAACACGAACGAUUCUUGAAGCAGUACAUUAUAAACCCCCGCCAUACCUUUUGGACAAACUUAACAAAAUGAACGAUAAAUUGGAACUAAUACAGAGAGCAUUAGAGCAAUAUCUAGAAACGAAGAGGCAUAUCUUUCCAAGAUUCUACUUUAUUUCAAACGACGAUAUGCUUGAAAUAUUGGGAAAUUCAAAGAAACCGGAAUUAGUUCAACCCCACCUCAAGAAACUUUUUGAUAACUUGAAUAAACUCAAAACGCAAAAGGGCCGCGAGGCCCUCUUCAGCCAUAUGUUGUACUACAUAUUAGUUGUUGAUGAUGUUCAGAAGAAUAUGGGCGUUGCCCAAUAG